AUGGCUGCCCAACCGAAGGUUAGUCGAGCGGAGAACGACAAUGCUGACGCGGUAACAGGUGCGUAUCUGGCAACUUUCUUCUACAUUUGGCUUUUUUCGUGUCCACUUCCAUGACACUUAUUUCCUUCCAGAGCUUGAUCAUGAAAUCCUCGAAAGCGUCGAUGCUGUGCAGGAGGCUAUUGACAGCCUCAACAAACAAGCCAGCGCCGAAAUUCUCAGGGUAGAACAGAAGUUCAAUGUCAUGCGGAAACCGCACUAUAAACAACGUGCUGAUCUCCUCGCCAAAAUCCCGAACUUCUGGCUGACAGUUUUCAUGAAUCACCUGCAGAUUCGCAAAAUGAUCACGGAGGAGGACGAAAAGGUCCUAACCCACCUGAAGGCAGUCGAAGUUCAGGAGUUCGAUGACAUAACCUCUGGCUACAAGAUUCACUUUGUAAGAACUUCUUUUAGCUUCUAUAUCCCUCCAUAGCACUUUAACAAGAACGAUUACUUCAAGAACGAAGUUAUCACAAAAGAGUACCGUGUCGGUGAGAAGGGGGAGCCAACUGCGACUUCAACAAAGAUCGAAUGGUUCCCUGAUAAAGACCUGACGGAGAUGAAGGACAAUGGUCGCGAGGGUCAAAAACGACCCUAUCCACAGCAGUCGAGCUUUUUCUGCUGGUUCUCGGAUGACUGGGAUGCUGUGGGCGAUGUUAUCGGCGAAAGCAUCAAAGAUGAACUAUGGCCAAACCCCCUGCAGUUCUACUUGAACCCUGAUCUGGACUCGGAUGACGUUGAAGGUAGGUAAAACAAAACUAUUUUGCUCAGGACUGAAUUAACAACAAAUAACAGACGACAUUUUAGAUGAAGAUGAGGAGGACGAAGACGAAGAGGAUGACGAGGAUGGCAACGAACUGGGCUACGACGAACUCGCCGACCGCGAAGACGCACCCAAGUCGUCAUAA